AUGGAGUCGACUAAGAGGAGGAACCAGGGCACCACAUCAACGGCUUGGGAGUCUAGACCUUCUGUCACGGAGUCCUCCAUAAUCACCCGUCUUUUUGAAGGACACCUCAGCUACUACAUCAUGUGUUUGGAAUGUCAAACCACCACCUACAAAAAUGAGAUCUUCACUGUUUUAUCUCUCCCUAUCCCUUAUGAGACUGAAUGCUCACUAGAGGACUGCCUGGAAUGCUUCUUUCAGCAAGACAUGCUGACUUGGAACAACCAGAUCACCUGUUCCUGCUGCGGGACAAAGCAAGACGCUGCAGUGAAAGCCAGCAUAGCCAAGGCACCCAAGAUAGUGAUCUUUCACCUGAAGAGGUUUGAUUGUCAAGGAAGUUACAAAAAGAAACUGAAAACUGACAUCUACUACCCUCUAAACAACUUGGAUCUGUCCCCCUAUAUCUAUCCACUCUUUCGGAAAAAUCCAAAAUACAGCUUAUUUGCUGUGGUGAAUCAUUUUGGAGAUCUAGAUGGCGGCCACUACACCGCAUUCUGCAAGCACACCGUCUCCCAGAGCUGGUACAACUUUGAUGACUCUCAAAUCAGUGAGAUUCCAGAAUCUGCUCUCCAGACUCCUGCAGCUUAUCUCCUGUUCUACAGCAACCAAAGUUUCUCUGUGCCAGUGAAAAACUAAAGUGGUUAAGAACACACAGAACAAGUAUGAAGCAGCGACGCUGUUAGCAUGAACGUGCAGACAGCUGGUGAGUCGGGUUUUGAGUGAUCAUUCAAAGAAGCGCCAUCUGCAUUUCUUUCACUGUGUUUUGUCUGUAAGAAAGUGAAUCGGAAACCAGUCCAGGCAGCACUGCUGUUUUCUGCAGUGAAGUGACAGAUGCUGGAUGUGAACACGGUUUUAUUAAUUC